GCGGUCGUCACAACCGACACAGGCACAUUUGUGCUUGAGUUCUACCCCGAUGCUGCCCCCGUGGCAGUGGAUAAUUUCAUCAAACUGAUUAACCAGAAGUUUUACGACGGCUUAACAUUUCAUCGAAAAGUUGAUGCACCCGGUUUGAAUAUCAUUCAGGGCGGGUGUCCAGAAGGCGAUGGAACAGGUGGUCCCGGUUGGACUAUUGUUGACGAGCACACAAAUCCGAACCAACGUCCACAUGUCAGAGGUACAUUGGCAAUGGCUCGGACCUCCGCGCCGGACUCAUCCGGGAGCCAAUUCUACAUCUGCUUGAAACCCCAACCCCAUCUUGACGGAGACUACACUACCUUCGGUGGUGUAAUUCAAGGGAUGGAUGUCGUCGAUCAGUUAUCGAUGGGCGAUGUCAUGACAAAAAUCCGAUUGGAGGCGAAGUCAAAAUAUGUUAAGGCAACAGCAGAGUAA